AUGAUGGUGGGGAAGGGAGGGAUGCUGGUGGCGAAGGGGGAGGAUGAUGGUGGGGAAGGGGGGACGGUGUUGGAGAAGUGGGAGGAUGGUGGUGGGAAGGGGGAGGAUGAUAGUGGGAAGGGGGAGGAUGUCUCCUCCAACUACAACCGAGACCGGACUCUAUCUCUCUGCAUGGAGAGAUUCUGCUGGCCCGGAAUGGGUAAAGACGUGGAUCAGUGGAUAGAAACUGUUACAGAUGCUUCAGUAGAGCACCGAUGGAAGACAGAGCUCCUCUUCUCUGAGGAUGCUGGUGGGGAAGGGGGGGAUGCUGGUGGGGAAGUGGGAGGGAUGCUGGUGGGGAAGGGGGGAUGCUGGUGGGGAAGGGAGGGAUGCUGGUGGGGAAGGGGGAGGAUGAUGGUGGGGAAGGGGGAGGAUGAUGGUGGGGAAGGGAGGGAUGCUGGUUGGGAAGGGGGGAUGCUGGUGGGGAAGGGGGAGGAUGAUGGUGGGGAAGGGGGAGGAUGA